CUCUCGUCCACUGCUUCUUACACCCCUGGAUUGCAAUGAGGAAGGAGUUAUUUUUUGGAUAAACUCACCUAGUUGAAUCACCAGGACAAUAUCCUGGGAUUCUGGGUCAAUGUUUCUGUUCUCACUUGCAAUGAUGUAAUGUUUUGAAUUUGAUUUGCACCUCCAACUGGCCUCUCAUGUGGUAUCACAGUAUUUACUGCAAUUUCCCACACCAAACUGAGAGAAAAUCAUGAUUUCUUAGAACGUAAGUUGAAAAUACAUAUGCAUUACUUAAGCCUACAGUAUUGUCAUAUUAUCCAGGAGACUCCCUCAAGAUUGAAGAGCAACAACUAGCCUUUUUUGGCCCAAAAGUUCCUGAUACUAUGGAACCAAAACCAUGAGCAAAACUCAGGAACUAAACAUCCCUUUUGUGCAUUAGUGUUUGCGUUUCCACCGCAUAUAAAGAACCGUGGAAAUCUGGGAAAUUAGAACAAUGACUGAUAAGAAAACUAAAUGCAAUUCUCACAAACAAGAAAACAACAUCUCGCAUUGUCACGAAGAUACUAAUACACAAAAAAACUUUCAAAUAGUAUUAUGACAGUGUCCUCUCUUUUCCCUGCUGCUCAACCCAUUCAGCUGAGGGGAUGAUUGGUCUGUCAAAAAGGUGGAAAGCAGCCUUUUUGGACGUGGUCCCUCUGAAGUUGGCACUACACGUUGUAUUGUACAGUAUAUUAGCCGUAUACAUAACCAAUCUAGUGCCACUCACACGGACAAAUCCAGCAGGAGAGAAAAUCAAGCAAGAGGGACCAGUGAUUGGAAGAGAGCACAAUAGAGCAAGAAGGAAAUGAAGAGGAAAAGAUGGAGUCAGCAGUGCCACGCUGGCAGGAAGGCUCUCCCAUGGCGUUUCGCCAACUGGAGGGAGGGGCGGUGGUGGUGGGGGGGGUUACACAGCGGAAGAAGGAAGGGGAGACAAAAGGCCAGAGGGUUGUCGAUGCUGGAUAGCUCCUGAACCUGGACACGGAUGAAGAAAGAAAGCAAGAGUUCUGGGGGAAAGUUAAUCUAUCCUUGACCCCGUGGCCAACUACAAUGUGUUAUCCUCUACAAGAAGCGAGUCAGACGGAGAGGGAGAGGAGGCCAGCGAGAGGGCAGAAUACUGUCUAACUUCAUCUUGUCAGAACAGAGAGAAAAAAGAACAACAUAAGCGAAGGAAGAUGCACUGUGCAUGAGCUUCACUCGUCCUGUGGAAAUAACCACACUGUCAGUGGAGAAGACACAGAAAGUCUGUCAGAAAGUGUAUCAAAGACGUGAUAAUUCAGCUUUUGACUCACUCAGUUACUAUCACACAGUUGGAUCUCUGUCUCCAUUGCACAAACGAUUCAUUCAGUUUCACUCUAUUCAUUCCUCUCCGACAAUCAUCUCUCUAUUACCCUCACACUUCUCCCACACUCUUGCACCCGCCGACCCCAAUUCAAUUCCCCCUCAUUGGACCACAACAAAGUGACCUCGCCCCAGCUGUUUUUGUAUUGGUCUUUCUGGGGAUGAGAAUGAGGCAGCCAGAGCAUUUGAUUGGAUUAUGCAGGGAAAUCCCUAGGAAAGCCCUCCCACUCUUUAUGUUCAUAACAGAUCAUGAGUAUCCAAUUCCUUAAGUCUUGCCUGCGUGUUGCAUCAGACAAAAAAAACGGGUUAAAUAGACAUUUCCGCUGUGCUGGAUCAUUUCUGAGGUUGGAUUCACUUUGCAGACAGCUGACCGGAGAGAGACAAACCAGAAUAGGGUUAGGGUUAGACAGUCAGGAGACAAUAGAAUUAUUUGCAGAACUUCAAGAGGUGCAGGUUGAUUUUUUUAAUUGUUAGAGCAGACAGAGGUGCAGCUUUUGAUGCAUGUUUUCCUUUUUUGAUUUUUUUUUAGUUUAGUUUUUCCCCCCCUUUUUUUGCGCACAUUUUAGAAUAUGUUCAAUAGCUUCUGCUCCGAACAAAAUAACACAACAAUCAGCUUUGCGUUGGAUCAGGAAAAGCUUAGUCGCUUCCACCGGCCCAAAACACACUCGGUAAUCAGUCGAGCAAGAGAAAGGAAAAAUGCUACUUAAAAGGAAGAGACCUUCAAUUGUCUCAGACGAGGAAAAAUGUCAAUCCAUCUUCUCAGCGGUGGCCUUCUUCAUGAAGCACCUUGGGGUUAAAACCAGGGCAGUUGACAGUAAGAAGUCCAGAGGAGGCUUCUUCAGGAGACAGCUGGUAAAGAAUAAGAAGGAAGAAUCCACAAAGACCAAGCCCAGAGGGGGGUUUCCUGGCAUCCCGAGCUGGAUUGCAGGCAACACUGACGUCAAACCUAAAACGGAGGCUGAAGCGGAAAAAGAGAAAGUCAUUCCGGAGCGGAAGGGUCCAGCUCCCGGCAGAGGCUCCAUGACCGAACCUGCAGCCCCUUUCCUCAACAGCAGAAAGUCUUGUUCCGGCGGAAGCUCCACCUCCGUGCCUGGGUUAGAGGUCACCGAUGGCUCAGGCAACAACAUCGGCACCACCAACAGCCCAGAGUCUUCACACCCCGAUAGCCUCUCAAGCAAUCGCUUAGAGCCACCGACCCUGUCAGACGGGGGUGAUGUGUCCCCCGUCAGCCUGGGUGGAGGGCUGACCGUCGGGGAGCCCUUCUCACCCAUGGACACUCCCACAGAGGAAAAUGUGGAGAAAGAUAGACGGAAGACAAGUAGGAAAGUGGCGCGUAGUGAGAGUGCCCGCGUGGACCGGCACCCCUCUCGGCGCCGCGGCUCUUCCCGGGCCAAACAGUCUCGCUCCCGUAGUGAUGUGGACCUCCAGCCGCCUUCUGCCAUGACAACAACACCUGCACCGCUCACCCCCCACCACUUCCAUCCCUUUGAUGGACCAAUUUUACUUCCUGAGGGGCCCGGCCACUCCCCAACCAGCCCCUCUCCACAUUUGGAGGAGAUGGAGCCACGCCUCCUGGAGUUUGAGUCGGACCCACCCAACUGGAGGAAGCUGGCACCCCCUGAAGGCCUGUCCAGUCUCAGCAAGAAGGAGACCAAGAGGCAGGAGGUCAUCAACGAAUUGUUUGCAACUGAGCAUGCCCAUGUGCGGAUGCUCAGUGUCCUUCAGAUGAUCUUCUCCAAGCCUUUGGAGAGAGAAGAGCUCCUGACCUCCACUGAGUUGUCCACCAUCUUUCCCAACCUGGAUGAGAUCAUUGAAAUGCACUAUAACUUCUACGAGAACCUGAAGAAGCUGCGUUUCGAUGACAACUUCAUAGUCAAAUCUAUCAGCAUCACAGUGCUCAACCGAUUUGGAGGUACAGAGGGGGAGUGGUUCCAGAAAUUGACGGCCCGGUUCUGCAGUCACCAGUCUUGGGCCUUGGACCAGAUCAAGAGCAGGCAGAAGAAAGAGCCACGCUUCAACUCCUUCAUACUGGAGGCAGAGAGUAAGCCCCAAUGCCGCAGGCUGCAGCUCAAGGACAUCAUUCCCAUAGAGAUGCAGAGACUGACCAAAUACCCGUUGCUGCUGGAGAAUAUUGCAAAGAGCACAGAGGACCCGACAGAGAAGGAGAGGAUCCAGCAGAGCGCAGAGUGCUGCAGAAAGAUCCUCAACCAUGUCAAUGAGGAGGUCAAAGAGAUGGAGAACCUAUUGACUCUGAAGGACUACCAGCGUAGGCUGGACACAUCAGGGCUCAAACCCAGUAAUGACCUGUAUACAGAAUAUAAGAGCAUCGACCUGACUCAGAAGAAGAUGCUUUAUGAAGGCCCUGUGACCUGGAGAGUCACAAAGGAGAAGGCAAUCGAGGUGCAGUGUGUGUUGCUUGGGGACCUGCUGGUGCUCCUACAGAAGCAGGACGACAAGAUGGUCCUCAAAUGCCAGAGCAAGAGCAACAUCGCCGUGCAGGAGGGCAAGCAGAUGCUGAGCCCCAUCAUCAAGCUGAAAUCUGUCUUCCUACGAGAGGUGGCCACAGAUCGGAAGGCCUUCUAUGUCAUUUUUACCUGGGACAGCGGCGCUCAGAUCUAUGAACUAGUGGCUCAGUCUCUUGGAGAGAGGAAACUCUGGACCGAGGUGAUAAAGUCAGCAGUGGAUGAUCUGAAGAAGAGUGGAGCAUCCAUGAGGUUGACGCUGCCUCCUGGAGGAGCUCCCUUCAGUCCCACCACGCUGACUGCCCCUUUGAGCCCGACUGAGAAUGGGGGUCUGAAAAGCAGCAGUGAUCGAGAUAAAGACAGCUUGACCGAUGACAAGUCUUCAGACCCCAGGCACAGGCUGAUUGAUUUCCUGUCAGACAAAGGCUUCGACUUGAUAGGCCACUCCAACAGCGAUCAGGAGAAUGUGGCCAACAGUGCUUUGGACGAAGUCAUGUCUCUGAAGAGGCUGUUGGUCGGCAGCAUCAGUCUAUCGGAAGACUCGCAGCCUGAUGGAGAAAACGGGGAGGAGCAUUCGGAGAGGCCCAGUCGAGAAAUGGAAAGCUGUCAAUCGACAGAAGAAAGCCAGAUCAUAGACAAGGGAGCGGAGGAGGAGAACGACAACUCUUGUGAAAAAGAAGGUGCAGGGAUGAAGGGGGAGGAGGAGAGGAGCAUCAGUGCCCCCUUGGUGCUGUCCCAGGAGAGGAUGGAGGAAGUGUGCAGGAGGCUCCACAGUCUGGAGGAACAACUAAAGAGACUACAGACUGUAGAGGAGGAGCACCACAGGCUGCAGGAGGCCCUUUCCAAGUUCUCACUGGAGGGGGGCAACUUCCAUUGAGACGCCAUCACGCCACCUGCUGGCCACUAGAUUUUUACUGGUGCUAGUUUGGAGUGCAAGAGUGACUUUCAGAAGCUUCCCUGGAAAUUCCUCAUAAAGUCAUACCUGGACCCUGUUGCUGCAUUAGGGGCCUUUAUGCUCAGUGCAGUGGUCCAGUGAUGUCACAUGGGAGGGUGUGUGUGCAUGUGUAUGUGUGUCUUUGUUUGUUUGUGUGCAUGCUUGGUAGAGAGGUAUACAAAAAAAAAAACCCAGGACAUCCUACUUUUGAGUGGGGGAUUGUUUUUUCAGAGAGGUGCCAAAAAAAACGGAAGCAAUAUUUUGCUGUGAGAGAGAUGCUGCCUAAUGAAAUGUAGUGAUUGCGAUCUGCUGUAACACACAUACGCACACCAGAGACAUGAACGCUACCAAAUAAUUGACAUUAUUAGCAGAUGUGCAGUAAAGGAGAAAUCCUAUGCCUUUGCCCGCCAGGUUAGCUAUAACCAGGUGGAAGCCUUAAGGGGCCAAUGUAGCGUUUGAAGAUGUAUUGAAAUACUACUGCUGAUAUAUAGUGUUAUUUCUAGUCUAUGCCAAAGUACCACAGAGAUGCACUUUUUUUCCUGAUCAAACUAAGAUGAAAUCACACUGUUUUUGCAAAAUGUACUUACUCUCUAUUCAGUAUAGCUUUUGAACAGUUGUGCUUCAUAUAGACAGACCUCAUUAUUGAGAGGAUUGCAUGCAAGAAAGUGUGUGUAUGUGUGUUACAAAGUUUUUAAUUAAGGAUGUGCUUGUUUGGAGGGUUGUUACUGUCAUUAGGUCACACAGAAACAUUUAUAAAUAGCGUCGCUAUAGGUAAUCAUGCUGUUAAUAAUGGUGUAUUUACCGCCUUUAUUUAUUCCUCCUAGUUCCGAUGGGUCAGUGAGUUGCCUUGCCUUAGUGAAAGUGUUACAGCACUGGGCCCAAAGAUAAAUAAAUGGCAGAGCUAUGUGUUAGAGAAAAGACAAAAUAUAAGAAGGCAAACCCAGAAUGUGCAACGAAGAUCGAAGUAGAGAGAGAAGACGAAAGCUGAAGGGGCGGAGAGUGAGUUUAGAGGUUGCUUUGGUUUAUUUGAAGCCGGCUUGAAACCAAUGGGUCAUGAGACGAUGUGUAGAAAACAUGAGAUUAGGAUUUGGCUCACUGUACUGAAAAAUGUGAGCCCAGUGCUACAGAAGUGUUCACAAAGGUCAUUCGAUGCCAGCAACGGUUUUGCAUUGUCACCUUUCCCCAGAUUGAAAACACGGACGUAAGAUGGCGUUAUGAAUUGUAUUAUAUAACGAUAGUUUCAGAUGUUAUUAGCAAAAGAUUCUAUUCUUCCCUGGUAGCAACUUUUGUAUCAAAGCUGAGCUCUGUCUUUGUAUUUUAUUCAGCAGUUGAUUGUAAUUCUAAUUAUGAUGAUGAUAUAAUUUGAGAACCAAAGACAUAAAGCACCGUUAGAGCCUCAUGCGAGCUGUAGUUCUCUUAGUGACAUCUGUGUAGUAGCAUGACAUCUAAUGCUAAUGCAGGAGGGAUCUCUCAGUAGCGCAGCCUGCUGCUGCUUUUCCUCUCCUCAAACACCAACAUGUGGCAACUUAAGUGAAGGGAUUUCAAAAGCACAUAGAAGAUUGAAGCAUCGGUUGCGAAUAAAAAACACCUGUUUUUGAAUAAAUGUAGAUACCGAGAUGAAGAAUGUUAGACUGCCCUAGCCUUAUUACCAAACCAAACCCAAACGAUUGAGCUUUGAUUUCUUGCAGACACUUCAGAAUAAUGAAAAGGUUGUGUUAAUACGUGUGAGUAUAGGCCGGUGUGACUGCUACAAGCUGGACGAAAGAAAAGGGCAACAAGACAGUGAAUCCAGAUGAGGACACAAAGGAAAUGUUGAAGGCUUGCAGGAAGGGAAACUGCUGUCUCAGUCUAGCGUCGCUCUCGCCCAACACUCAUGAUCACUUCCUGAUAUGCAUUCUCACCCGUUGUUGCCACAACAACAACCCCCCCUCUCCCCUGUUGACCCCACUGAACCUCAGUGUGAACUUGUGCAAAUGUUGGGGCCGUUAGUCAGUUUGUGUUUGAACAUUGCUGCCUUAUCUCCCCAUGUCUUCCUCUUGUAAAAUGUACAUAGAUGUUUAGCUUGAAGGAAAAAAAAAAAAUGUAAAGAACGCAUAAAUUUGAAAUUUUCUUUUAUUGAGCUUAUUAGCUACAUACACCUCUUGAUAACACCCUCACUUGUGAUAGCAUGAUCACCUUUUCCUACUGCACAGUUUUACCAUAUGUUGUUGUGUAUUUCAUUUGAUUUUGUUAAACGGGUCGGGGAGGGUGGUUUUUUUUUUUACUAUUUGUCUAUUGUUCUAAAACAAACGUUGUAAUUAUGUACUAUGCAUUUGGCCAUAACGGUAAGAGAGACAGGACUUGUCUGUAACUUGUCUAUGCAUGAAUGAAUUUAACAAUUAUGCAAACAUUGUGACGAUGAUUCUUUUUUUUUUUUUUUUUUUUUUUUAAGUGUUCAACCAGAGAUUUUUACUUGUCAAACUGCAGUGAUCAGCUGGCGAAAGCCAGUUAACACCAGCUUACAGUGACACCUUCACUUACUGGCUGAACGACUGCUACGGGCACUUCUUGCUCUCUCUCCGCAGGAUGCUUUUCCUCAUGCAUUCUAUAUACAAAUACUUAGAUGUAUAGAAAAUGUAUUUAUAGAGUGGUGCCUUGUUCCAACGAUCAAGUUGUUUUCUUGUUGUUUUGUUAUGGGCUAUUUUUCAAUGGAGGACUGAAAUCGACCUCUGAGAGUGAGAGACGUAGACAAAAUGACUGACUAAUAACGGCUGAGAGAUCAUCCCAGGAUUCAGUUUUUGUGUCCAAUACAGCAAUAGAUUUUGAGCCCUCCACCAACUCAGCCAGCCAGGGCCCUGUAUAGAAAAGACACUGCUCCUUGUCAUACAGGCGCCUGCCAUCAUGUCUAUAAACAAUGAAUAUGCAAGAACUAUACUGUGUAUUUGGGUUUUGAUUCUUUUAUCAACUAAGAGGCUCUUUAAUGAUGUAUACUUAAGGAAAAUUGUGGUACGUUCUGUUUUUUUAAAUCUUCAUUUUUUAAAUAAAUUGGGGUAAUGAA